ACGACGUAACAAUUUCCCAACUCUCUUUCCUCCCUCAUAAUGAAUUUAUCUUGCUGUCUUUCCUCGCCAUUUAUUGCCACCACCAUCAACCUGUUCUAAUUAAUUCCCUCCCAUCUCGAUCUCUCCCUCUCCUUCUUCUUCUUCUUCUGCACUGCUAACUCAUCACAAGCUGCGAGCUUUAAUCAAUGGGGGAUUAUAUUGUCAAGGUUGAAGAAGGAAGGAAUGCCGCCAAUGGGAAGCCUUCUGCAGGCCCUGUCUUCAGAUGCGUUUAUGCUCAAAACGGACUUCUCCAACUCCCUUCCUCCCUCAAUUCUCCCUGGGAUUUCUUCAGUGAGUCUGUGAAGAAGAACCCUCAGAACUGCAUGCUUGGUAGCCGAGAAGUCAAGGACGGAAAGGCCGGGGCGUAUAGUUGGUUGACGUACCAGCAAAGCUACGAUGCAGCGCUUCGGAUUGGUUCUGCAAUACGGCGUCGUGGCGUCAAUCCAGGCGAUAAGUGUGGGAUAUAUGGCGCCAAUUGUCCGCAAUGGAUUAUGGCGAUGGAGGCUUGUAACAGUCGAGCUAUUACCUAUGUACCGCUGUACGAUACUCUCGGUGCGAAUGCAGUUGAGUUCAUAAUCAAUCAUGCCGAGGUUUCCAUAGCUUUUGUCCAUGAAAGCAAGCUGCCAGCUAUGCUAUCAUGCCUCUCAAAGUGCCUGUCCUAUCUAAAAACUAUUGUCAGUUUUGGAAAGAUUAGCGACGAGCAAAAGAAGGCAGCCGAGGAGCUCGGUGUGCUGUGCUUCUCCUGGGAAGAAUUUACUUCAUUGGGAGAUUUGGAUGACGAACUUCCGGCCAAAAAGAAGACAGACAUCUGCACAAUAAUGUACACAAGUGGAACAACAGGGGAGCCGAAAGGGGUCAUUCUGUCCAAUGCUGCUUUCAUGUCUGAAGUUCUAUCUAUGGAUCAACUUCUUACAGAGACCGACAAAGCGGGGACUGAAGAGGAUGUAUACUUUUCCUUCCUUCCACUAGCUCACAUUUUCGACCAAAUCAUCGAGACCUACUGCAUUCUCCGUGGUUCUUCGAUUGGUUUUUGGCAGGGGGAUAUUAGAUAUUUGAUUGAGGAUCUUCUUGUGUUAAAACCGACUAUCUUUUGUGGUGUUCCGAGAGUUUUUGAACGUAUAUACACAGGCAUCAUGGAUAAAAUCGAAGCCGGAGGUGCACUGAAGAAAUCGUUGUUCUACAUUGCAUACAAUUAUAAAUUAAGGAAUUUGGAGAAAGGAUCCAGGCAAGAUGAAGCAUCUCCUCUCAUGGACAAGCUUGUUUUCGAUAAGAUCAAACUAGCUUUCGGAGGACGUGUUCGUCUGAUGUUGUCCGGCGCUGCGCCGUUGCCUAAGCACAUCGAGGAAUUCUUGAGAGUAACUUGCUGCUGCAUCUUAUCUCAAGGAUACGGCCUCACAGAAAGUUGCGGAGGAUGCUUCACUUCCAUCGCCAACAUCUUCCCUAUGAUAGGAUCCGUCGGCGUCCCUAUGACCACGAUCGAAGCAAGGCUCGAGUCGAUCCCCGAGAUGGGAUACGACGCGCUUUCUGACGUUCCAAGAGGUGAAAUAUGCAUCAGAGGAAACACAUUGUUCUCCGGAUACUAUAAACGCUCCGAUCUCACCGAUGAGGCUGUUGUCGACGGAUGGUUCCAUACAGGAGAUGUCGGGGAAUGGCAACCAAACGGCGCGAUGAAAAUCAUCGACAGGAAGAAGAAUAUAUUCAAGCUGUCACAAGGCGAGUACGUAGCUGUCGAAAGCAUCGAAAGCGUAUACUCGCGAUGCCCUCUCAUCACAUCGAUUUGGGUCUACGGGAACAGCUUCGAGUCGGUGCUGGUGGCUGUGGCCAUCCCGGAGAAGAAGGCGCUCGAAGAUUGGGCGGCUGCUAAUCACGUGAAAGGCGACUUCCGAUCGCUAUGCAGCUCGGACAAAGUUAGAAAAUACAUACUCGACGAACUAAACGCGACUGCCAAACGACACAACCUUCGAGGCUUCGAAAUGCUCCGAGCAGUUCAUCUCGACCCGGUGCCCUUCGACAUGGAUCGCGACCUAGUUACGCCUACGUUCAAGCUUAAGAGGCCACAGCUGCUCAAAUACUACAAGGAUCGGGUCGAUAAACUGUACCGAGAAAUCAAAGAAGCGAAAGCACCGUAAUAGCCUCAACCCGACGACACCCUGAGAAAUUUACCAUCCCGACUGUCGAAAAAGUUUUCUACUCAAAUUCCUGAACUCCUGUCCCUGCUUUCUUGUGUAUAGAAAUACUUUUUCCGUCAGUCAAAUUUAUUCUUAAUUA